UGUGGGUGGGGCCUCGCUGUACAAUGACGCUCGGCCCUUGACAAAGAGAAUCAACGCUUGAUCUUUCGGCGUAGCGCGAGCCGCCAUUUCAAAGCCGUUUAAACCUUAAUGAUCUUGUAGACGGAUGAUUGUUUGACAGAAUAAACCGAAUUACGCUUAAUUAUUUUAGGGGCUCGUUGUUUAGAAGAGCUCUCGAUCUUUGAAGGGUUUUAAAAAUGGCUGCUGAAUCCGAGCAAGUGAAGGAGACGACAGAAGUGAUGGAGACUACAGAUACAUCUGCACAGGAGGAUCCUGUACCUGAAAGCAAAACCAGGGCAUGUGGAUUAAAGGUUCGUGGCAGAGGUGGGCGAAUGGGAGGACGUGGCGGUCGAGGAAUGAUGAUGAAAGGGUUCAGACCGCCGGGUCAUGUCAGAGGCAGAGGGCGUGAUUUCUUUACAAAUGGAUUUGGAUCCAUGAGGCGGGGCAUGGGUAGAACGUGGCCGUAUCCGGACAUGCGGGGUCGAAGAGGCGGACCUAUGAGAAUGAAUUUGGGGCCACCGCCUCCUCCUCCUCCUUUGCCGCCCCCUUCCAUGCACAUGAGAGGACCCCCACCUCCAAUGCACAGGCAUUGCCCGCCGCCGCCUCCACCACCACCAGGACACCCAGGCUUUAGAGGGCGGCCCCCACACCCGAGAGGGCGUAGCAUGAUGCCACCCGGCCCUCCUCGAUUUUUUCAUCCCAGAGGCUACCACAACGGAUCGGCCCCUCCUCUGCCCCGCCCGCCUCCAGGCAGGGGCCAGCGCUGGCCGGGGCCCCCUGGUGGCCGGAGGUUUUAACAGCUCAGACGUAGUUAAAAUCUCGAGCCCUGUAGCGUUAACGGCCUUCGAAUAUUUUCUUUCCAGGCAGAACUCGCAGGUUCUCUUACUGUAAAAACACACUACCCUUUUCGGUUCCUUGAAUGUGAUCCAUUUAAAAGCACUCUCACUCUUAUGAAGAGAAAGAAACAUGUUAAAUUUUAAGUGUAUUUCAUGAGAAUUUUACUUUUAAGUGUCGUCCAGUCUGCGUGGUGCUAUUCCUAAUUUCCUUUUUUUAUAUAAAGAAAGUUAAGUGCAUUUUAGUAAAUGAGAAGUUGAGAGACUAAUCAAAUGACUGUACGUCCACCGUCAUUCCUCAGUAUAUACACAGUAUGUCCAUUGAUAUAUCUGUACUCCUUGGACCUCUCAGACAUGUUAAGAUCAUGUCAGUACAUUGACAUAUAUAACAAACAGAUCAUUGAAUUACCUGAUAUGUGUUUUCAUGUGUAGUGCUCAUGUAUUAUUCAUGAUUUAAUAUCAUCAAUGUGCAGCUACUAUACAGUAAGUCUACAGUACGUUAAAGUAAAAGUAUUUCUCUUGGAAAAGUAUUCCUGUUUGUGUUCAUCAGUCCACGCUGUUAAAUGACAUUCUGUUACAACCACACUUAUUUAAUGACAGUAGCAUUACAGUUUAUACCUCUUGAAAUAAGAUUUUUCUUUUGCUUUUCUAUUUUAAAGCCAGUUACAAAAAUAUUUGAUUUAAAAUAGUAAAAAUAAUCAAUAUAAAAAUAUUUUGUGUUUUGAAGUGUUCUGGCACAUUCACGUGUUGUAACUGAUAAAGUCAUGUGAAUUUGUGGAUGUAAAUUGAGAAAAUAACAGCUUUUGACUUAGUUUUGAACAAACAAAAUAAAGUUAAGAUAAAAUGA